ACCCCGUUCACUGCCCUCCUCUCCCCUUCCCACUCCCAAAGGAGAUGCCGUAGCAGACGGGCAGCUGCUGUCUCCGCUCCCUCGCCCUUUCGCUCCCGCUCCAUCUCCCACUCUGUCUCCCUCUGCCUCUCCUAUCCCGGGCUGGGCUGCAGGACGGGCAGAGCCCCGCGGGCAGCAGCCGAAGCCCUGCCCGCCCACAGGCGCCCAGCACUCGCAGCCCGGGCCAGCCCCCGAGCGGCCCCGGGGCGGAGCUGGCGGCGCCGGGCGGCGGCGGCGGGGAGGAGGCGCCGCGGGCGGAGCAGAGCCGGGGCUGGCGGGGGCAGCGCGGCGCGGGCGGCGGAGCGGCGGGAUGCGGCAGGGCCGGGCCGCAGGGCUGGCGGCGCUGGCCGCGGUGCUCCUGGUGGCUGUGUGCAGAGCCCAGGUGCAGCAGGAGCCACAGGCACAGACCACCGAGGGCACCAGCAUCAACAUCACCUGCUCACACCCCAACAUGCAGACUGGUUACUCCAUCUACUGGUACCGCCAUCUCCCGGGCCAAGGACCUACAUUCCUAGUGUUCGGUACUAAAGGCUCCAAUGCACUGAGGGACCUGCCGGGGCGGCUCGUGGUGGCAGCAGACCGCCGGUCCAGCGCCCUGUGGCUCACCGAGCCCCAGCUUCGGGACGCGGCGGUGUAUUACUGCGCCCUGAGAGCCACGGGGAGAGGAGCCGGGGCUGCGGCCGUGCAGGAACCGUGGCGGGCGGGGCCGGGCGUGUGUGGCGGGGGCGAGGCAGGGGCACAGCCCCCAGGGGGCGCUGCCGCUCCGCCCGCCAGGACCACCUCGUCCCGCAGCCGCGGGGGUUCCCCCGCCAGCCCGGCCCCUCCAAGGCACUUCGGUUCUGCUGAAAGGGUCUGGAGCCUGGGUGCAGCUGAACGGAGAUGGCAGCAGCCUGGCAGAGCUGUGGCUGACUCCAUUCCUCUGGCACCAGGAAAGACAAAGGGUUUACCCCAGCGCAUCUUUGGCUCAUCUCUCUUGCCUGCAUGGCUGAUUCCUUCUGGACAUGGCAAGGCUGUACCAAGCAGGGCCAUAAGUGGAUCCAUAAGAAAACAGCUCUGUAAUCAAGCAGGGAAGGACAAGGUGCCCUUCUGAUGGGACCUGUCAUAGAUGUAACCAGGCUCUAAUAAGAUACUGAUGAGAAACAUCAAAGGGCUGCAAAGCACUGACAGGAAAAAUGUCUGCCAGCACUCAAGCAGGGCCUGGAAACAAUGGGCAUCCUUGAAGUGCAACUGGGCAACAGAGAGCUGCACGCGUCCUGAACAUAGCCUCUACAUAACCAAAAGAAGAAACAGAGAAACAACUUGCCUGAGCAGGAGCAAAGCAAAUGGUCAGGAAAAGUGGAAAUGAGCAUGAGGAAGUCCCUGUGAGUGCAUGUCCUGCACCUGAGGAAAGCUGUUGCAUGCUUGGGGGCAAGUGGGCACCCUAGAGCAGCAUGGGGGCAUGCAAACUGCCUGCUGUCUCUGCACUGACCCACCCCAUAUGGGUUCAGGGUCCUCAGGGACUAGAGAUUUACGUGUAUGUUCCAUGACGGGGAACACCAAUGCUGUCUUGUGGAAGGGGAUCUGCCCUGCAU